AUGGAUUCAGAUCCAGCAAAUAUCUUACUAUUAUUAGUAUUUGCAUCAAUAGUUUUAUUUUUUGCAUUAUCAUUCUGUGCUUAUAGAUUAUUCUGUCGCAAUUCUGACAGAAAUGAAUAUUCUAGUUUAGAUUCUGAUAUAUUAGGAUCACACCUGAAUAAUGUUCCUAGAGAAUUUUUAAAUGAUGAAGAAAGUUUAUUGGAUUUAGCCGAAACAUUUGAUUUCACCAAUUUAUCACCUGAAGAACAAGGAUCAUAUUUGAAAGGACAAGAAUUCACAUCCAAUAAUCCUCCUGAUUUCACUAAAGUCAGAGGCAAGACAUUCACUAUAGAAGAUGAAAAACUCAUUAAGGAAUGUGGUAUAAAUGCAUUUCAAUUUGACCCUGAUCAAGAAUUAUUGAAUCUGCGUUAUAUUGUUGCCGACAAGACAGAAUUGAAUUUUAAUAAUAAUGAUAUGCCUUAUUCUACAGCCACGGCAGUAUUAAAUUAUCCAUUACCAGUGAGAAAUAGAGUGUAUUCUGAUAUUGUUUAUUUUGAAACCAAAGUUUUCGAAUUCAAUAAUGAAAACAAUCCUAAUGCUCAUUUCUCUAUUGGAUUAGUCACCAAACCAUACCCAUCAGCAUUUAGAUUACCUGGUUAUAAUAAAUUUUCCAUAGGAUAUGAAAGCACAGGUAAUCUUAAAAUCAACAAACCUUUCCCAACUCCUUUACAACAACAUCAAGAUGAACAUAGUGAAUAUAAUGCAUUAGUAUUACCGGCAUUGCAACAAUCAGAUAUUGUUGGGUUUGGUUACGUUGUAUCGACUGGUACAAUUUUUAUCACUAGAAAUGGGAAAAAAGUAUUGGAUGUGAUGAAAGGAUGUUUUGUUGAUUUGUAUCCUGCAGUUGGAUGUUUUUCCACAAAUGCUAAAUUUCAAGUGAAUUUAGGACAAUUGGGAUUUGUAUGGAUUGAAGCAAAUGUAAGAAAAUAUGGAUUUGUAUCAACCAGUGAUUAUAAAAAGAUAUCUGGGGAUAGAGGUUUAGCUUCAUUACCACAAUACGACAAAGUGAUUGUUGAAGGUGAUAAAGUUUUGGAUAAAGGUGAAGAAUUACCACCAAGAUACCCUGAAGAAGAAUUAGAUUUCUUUGGACGUACUGUUAACGAUAAUGUUAGAGUAGGAUCGAGUUCUCAACAUAUGAAAUUGAAUGAAAAGAAUGAGAAUGAAAAUGAAAAUGGUGAUGCUGAUGCUGAAGUGGGGAAUGAAGUUAAAGAGCCAAUUGAAGGUAGUUCUUCACAAGUAACUGAUGAACCAGAGGAAGUUAUGGAUCUUAGAGAAAGAAUUUAUGAACAAAAUAUUCAAAACGACACUUCAUCAAUUGAUGAAUCAACACCAUUAAUAUCACAGAAUGAAAUUAGUGCCUUAGAUGAAAUAAUUGAAUCUCCACUUGAAGACAAUAAAAACGAGGAAGUGCAAACUGAAAGCCAACAAUUAGAGCCAAUUGAAGAAAAUGAAGAAGAACCACAAGUGUCAACGAAUGAGGUUUCCAGACCCCAAAAAAAUGUUUUAAUUGAAAACACAGAAUCUUCAGUGAGCAAGAAGAAAGACAACUUGAAGUCAUCAGAAGCACCAUCAGUGAUACUAGAACAAGAACAAGAACAAGAAUCAGCAUCACAACCUGUGCCAGCUCCAGAACAAAAGCAAGAAACGGAACCAGCACAAGAACCAGUGCAAGAACAAGAGUCAGUAUCACAACAAGAACAAGAGCUAGUGGCAGAACCAGCACCAGCUUAUACUCAAACAGAAGAAAGAGAAAGAGAAGGGCAAGGCGACGAAGAAGUAGACGUAACUGAUGAACAACCUAGUAAUGAAGGAACUAGUACAGAACCUUCAACAAGUCCUGAACCAACUGGAAAUAAUGAAAACAAUAAUGCUGGCGAUACUACCCCACUUGCCACAACCAUAGGUUCAUCUUCCAAUAAUAAAUCUAAUCAAAAAAAGAAGAAAAAGAAGAAUGGUAAAAAAGGAGGAAAGAAAAAGGGCAAGAAGAAAUAG